AUGAAUCUUCCUUUUGGAGGAAAAGUUGUUGUCUUGGGCGGUGAUUUCAGGCAAAAUACUUCUGUCACUCCAAAAGAAACGAGACAAGAUAUUGUACGUGCUAGCAUUAACGCUUCAUACCUUUGGAAACUUUGUCGAGUCUUAACAUUGUCAAAAAAUACAAGGCUCCAAUCAACAUCUUUGUGUUUGAAUCUCAAUGACGUAAAAGAGUCCUCAAAUUGGAUUUUAAAAGUUGGUGAUGGGAACAUCAGAGAAAAUAAUGAUGGUGAAAUUGAAAUUCCAAUACCACAUGACUUGCUCAUUAAGAAUACAGGCAACCCUAUUGCUUCAGUGAUUGGUACCAGAUAUCAAUUACUUUUGGAUAAUAUGAAUGAUCCUUUUUAUUUAUUUCAGAAUAAGAUAAUCUUAACACCUACAAAUGCCAUUGUCGUUACAUUGAACAACUACAUUAUGGCUUUGAUUCCAGACGAUGAUAAAACAUACUUAGAUGUUGAUAGUCCAUGUUCAUUUGGUGAAAAUAGUAAUAAUCUUGAUGAUAUACAUACUCUUUAA